GCGUCGAUCGUCUUUCUCUGGGAGAACGCCACGUCGGUGCCCGAGUGCGACGUGAUGCGCCCGAACCAGCUCUUCGGCCGCACCCUGCCGGAGAUCGAGGCUGAGCCAGUCGUGGUGCGGGCCAAGACCCAGGACGUGCGGUGUGCCUGCGGGGCGGUGCUGGAGACGGAGCGGCCGCCGCUCGAGGAGUGGCUCCGAGCCGGGGCUGCGUGUUCAGGUCCCGCUGUGGGGGAGCUGCUGCCGACCUUCGGGCGCUGGAUGCCGUGCUCGCAGCUGCGCCCCAGGUCGGCGGACAUUGAGGUUCCGUGGAAGUGGUGCAUGCACCAGGCGGACCACCGCGUCGAGCCGCCUGACGCCAGGAUACGAGAGAAGCUGAUGGUCUGCCCGGAGGACCACACUGUGCCGCGCAUGAUGAGCAGCGAGGCGGAGACCGAGCCCGCCAAGUACGAUGCUCUUCAGCAGUCGCUCGUGGGCAACUCCUUCCAGUGCGAGGUGGUGGCCGGAUGA